AUGCCAAAAGGAAAAAAACAAAAUUCAAAAAAUCCAAUGCUAGGAGGCUUUCCACCUUCUAACCUUUCACUAUCGAUGACACAAAUGGAAGAUGAUCCUCCAGAUUUUGAAUUGCCCGAUGUUCCACCUUUCACUAAAAUUGCUACUGACGAUAGUGCUUAUAAAACUUGGGUAUGUUUGUAUCCUGUUUACUUUGAUUCAACAAAAUCACACCAAGAAGGAAGAAAAGUUAUUAGAGAACUUGCUGUACCGAAUCCUUUAGCAAAAGAUCUCGCCGAAUCCGUAAAGACUUUGGGUCUAUCCUGCGUUUUUGAGCCACGUAAAACACAUCCCAGAAAUUGGGCUAACCCCGGAAGAGUACGAGUACAAUUAUUUAAUGAUCAAAAGAUUCCUUUCAAUAGUAAUAUUCCAACGCGUAAAGAAUUAAUUAAACAAGUGGCGUCGGUAAUGUCAGAGAUUCAAAAAAAUAAUCCACAGCAGUUUCCACCCAGCCAUUCUCCAGCUGUAUCUAGUGGUAUAUUGAAAGAGGGAAAAAGUAGUGAUACUGGAUCUACUUCUAGUUCUACUUCAACUCCAGUAACAGGACAAGCUUCUUCAAGCAUUUCAACUGCUUCGUCCUCAAAAAAGAAGGGAAGAAAAGGUCGAAAAUGA